CAAAGCACUUCGUUGGAGGAAAUGGGCCUUCCGAUUUACACCCAGACCCGUUACCAGCAGUAAGUACAGAAUUUGAAAGAAAUAUGUUGUCAACAAAGAAAAAACGAAAACCACAAAUCUUAAGACCGUCACCUAAGAAGCGCCCUAGAAAGUGUUUGUUCAGUGACGAGGACGAAUCUGAUCCAUGCCUUGAGUCAUUCACUUUGGAGACCGUUUCAAAUGAGCAUGAUUAUACAUGCUUAACUUCCAGUAGCAUCAGUGCUGAACAUGGUCAUGAAAUCUUUAAUUUUGAAUCUACAACAUGUACAAGUUAUGAUCAGGCACCUGGGAUUGAGGAAGUUUGAUUUGAUGCAGUCAGUGAAGUUCCAUGUCUAGCAGGGAAGAAGAAGUUACCACAACAACCUCUACUGAUGCUUUUGUUCAGACAACUCUUGUUUCACUGUCAGAUGUUGGAACCCAGACAUGUGUUCAUUUCGAGCAUAUUCACAAAUAUGCUGAUGAGGAAUUGAUGGACAGAAACCAAAUGACUAGAAAGUUGUUUCUGUCAUCAGUACUGCAGGACAACAACAGCUGCAAAUUUGACACAGGCUUAAAUCUGUCCAUUUUCCUGUUCUUUUUUCAAUGGAUUAAACCAAGAGCAGAAAAGCUUAACUACUGGAGGGGACAGAAUACAACAGAUUUCAAAGGAGCUCGAAAAGCUGGUCCAAAGCGGAAACUUUCACUAAAAGAAGAAUUCGUGAUCACUUUAGUUCGUCUUAAACAUGGGUUAGAUGUAGUAUUCAUCAAUCUAGUAUCAGUCGGAUUUUCACAAAAUGGAUAAAUUUUUUGUAUCUGGAGUUGAAUUUUUUAAUUUCAUGGCCAAAUAAAGAACAGAUAACAGCUAACUUACCAAAAGCAUUCAAAUAUUUCCCGAAGACCAGAUCAAUUAUAGACUGUACAGAAUUUUUUAUUCAGAAAACAAGUUUGCCAUCCUCUCAGAGAGAGUCACCUGGUCUAAUUUUAAACAUCAUAAUACCCUCAAGGCACUUAUCUCUAUUUCUCCCACAGAUCUUUUACUUUCAUUUCAAAACUUUUCAAUGGAAGUAUCUCAGACCGACGUACUGUUGAGGAAAGUGGUUGUCUUGAAUAUUUAGAACAUGGAGAUAAUAUGGCUGACCGUGGAUUUUUAAUUCGAGAUCUCUUAGCCAGAGGAUCGUGUACUCUGAAUAUACCUCCUUACUCUAUGGAUUGACAGUUGAGCAGUAUGGUAGUGACAAAGACAAGACAGAUUGCAAGUGCCAGGAUUCAUGUGGAGCGUGCCAUUGGAAGGUUAAAAAAAUUUAAAAUUUUACAAGGAACCAUGCCUCUAAUACUACAUCCUUUAUUUGAUCAAGUUUUGGGUGUGCUUGUAUUUGCAAU